AUGUAGAGCGAUGGCGGUCGGAGCUCCGUUCGUCUAUGCCGGUAAUGUCUCGUGUGCGCUCCUCGGCCGCUGUAGAUUCCAGAGAAAUCACGGCGCUAGGGCGAUGGUGGAGCAGCCUGAUGCCGCUCCAGAGGAGAAGAAGCCCAGGAAGAAGAAUGCGGCCAAGAAAUUGGCUUCCGAGGGCUCUGGGGCUCCCCGCCGGAAGAAAUCUUCAUCUUCUUCCGAGGCGGCAAGCAGUAGCGUUUCCCGGAGAAGAAAUCCUCUCACAGGUAGUGGUACCGGACAGCAUGAGGAUUCUUUGAUCCAAGCAGGCAAAGAGGAUAGAUUUCUAUCUAGCAGUGGAGCUGCGGAGGUGGAGGUGGAAGCAGCAGAGUUUGAAGAUCCAGAAGAGGUGGAGAAGAGGAAAAGUUUCUUCCGGAACCCAGCGCGAAGGCUAUGGAAGAAACAGUUUCCAUGGCUGGGAAGGGAGUUCGAGGAGACUUUCGUAAAGCCUAGGAACGAACCAAAUCCUCUGGUUUGCUGCUUUGGCGAGGCGUACAAGGACUUCAUUCCUUCCGUCCGGGUGUGCGUAAAGCAGAUGGACGAAGAUGCCUACUCUACGUGGAAAGGCUUGCAGUGGAUGCCUCCGGAGUUCGCACGAAGCCCAGGGACAUCGCCUGCCAAUGUUGCUAUCUCGAUUGCUCGUCUCGCUGGGAAGGCAGCCUUCAUUGGCAAACUUGGCAAUGACGAUCUCGGCAAGGAGCUUCUCGAGACUCUACGAGAAAACAAAGUCGAAACGAAGGGUGUGAUAGUCGACCAGCUACGUUCCUCGUCUCUGUCACGGUGGAAGAUUGAACGGCUUGGGAAGCGCAAACUAUCCAUGCAAUGCCUACGCGAGAGCGCUGAAAACAACCUUGACAUGUCCGAGGUUAACAUGGACAUUCUCAAGGAGGCGAAACUUUUCCAUUUCUCAUCGAUCAGCUUGACAACGGAAAAAAUGUGCUCGACACUCAUGUCCGCUAUCGACGCUGCCCGAGGCUUUGGCUCGCUCAUAUUCUUUGAUGUGAACUUCCCUCUUCCAUUCUGGAUAUCACGAGAAGCGACGUGGGAAGCUAUCGAGAAGGCGUGGACGAGCUCGGACAUUAUCAAAAUCAACAAGGUGGAGCUUGAGUUCCUGAUUGAAGACGAAGGCUUAGCGAUGAGGCUUCUCGCUAAGGACUCCAUAGCUUCAUCAUGGGAAGAAUUUCAGGCCCGGAAAAAUCAGCGGUUUGAGUACCACUACACCCUUGAGCAGAUUGCUCCGAUAUGGCGUGACAACAUCAAAAUUCUCUUCGUCACGGAUGGUACGUACAGGAUUCAUUACUAUACUCCAAAGUUUCACGGCGACGUUGUUGGCACGGAAGAUGUGAUUGUCUCUGCUUUCAGCUGCGACAGAACAGGGUCUGGUGACACCAUCUCUGCCGGUAAGUUAUCCGCUCGUUGUGCUUGUAUAGUUUUUAUACUAACUACCAUCGUGUUUUCCAUUUCAGCGAUUAUCAGAAAGCUGGUGGCCCAGCCUGAUAUUUUCGAAGAUCAGGACCGGCUUGAGAGGGCCUUGAGGUUCGUAGUUGCUGCGGGAGUUAUAUCUCAGUGGACUAUCGGAGCUGUCCGAGGCCUUCCGACUGAAAGUGCAGCACAGAAUCUCACAGAGCAGAUGUUUCCGCUCACCCAGAUUUAGGACCAUCGCCGGCUCACGUGUGCAGCAGCAAAGAUCGCAGCCAAGCCUCCACCCGUAUCAUGUCCGGUCUCUGCAUGGGAUCUCUCUGAAUACACUUGAGAGCUGUCUGCUGGA